UGUUUUGAAUCUCAGAUGAAUUCACAGCGAAGAAUUCUCCAAGUGUGGCAUCAUUCCUUCGCCCAUGCAGCGCCACACACACUCUUUACCACUCUCACACUCUCUCAUGGCGAGCAGAGGGGACGCUGUCUCUGUUAUGGACUGACAGAAGCUCUGCUUUCCACCUCGCAACCUUUCGAAAUCACCCAUGAAUUCUCUCGCGUAAAGCGGCGCAUGGUGUCCAGCCUCUUCCGUCUAAACGGGUUAAAGAAAACAAACCUCAUCAUGAACAGCAUGAGCAGUUGCGGUUUCCUGAAUAUGGCGACGAUAGGAGAAUUCGACCCGCUCAACGCGACUAUUCCUGCUACAAAAGUUGAGAUUACAGUCUCGUGCAGAAACCUGCUUGACAGAGACACAUUUUCCAAAUCAGAUCCUAUCUGUGUGCUGUACACCCAAGGCAUUGGCAACAAAGAGUGGCGAGAGUUUGGGCGGACGGAAGUUAUUGAUAACACUUUGAACCCAGAUUUUGUGCGAAAAUUCAUAUUGGACUACUUCUUUGAAGAAAGACAGAACUUAAGGUUUGAUCUGUAUGAUGUUGACUCCAAAAGCACCAACCUUUCAAAACAUGAUUUCCUUGGCCAGGCUUGUUGUACAUUGGGAGAGGUGGUGGGAUCGUUGGGGAGUCGUAUGGAGAAACCUCUUGGGGGGAUUCAAGGGAAGAAAUGUGGGACAAUUAUUGUGAAGGCUGAGGAGCUUAGCAACUGCAGGGAGUCUGUGAUGAUGCAAUUUUGUGGCAACAAACUGGACAAAAAGGACUUCUUUGGCAAAUCAGACCCCUUCUUAGUGUUUUAUCGCAGCAAUGAGGACGGGACAUUUACCAUUUGCCAUAAGACAGAGGUGGUGAAGAACACGCUGAACCCCGUGUGGCAAGCCUUUAAAAUCCCUGUCAGAGGCCUGUGCAAUGGCGAUUAUGACAGAACGAUCAAGGUAGAAGUGUAUGACUGGGACCGGGACGGCAGUCAUGACUUCAUUGGAGAAUUCAGCACAAGCUAUAGAGAACUGUCAAGAGGCCAGUCACAAUUUAACGUGUAUGAGGUCAUAAACCCCAAGAAGAAAGGCAAGAAGAAAAAAUAUCUCAACUCUGGAACCGUGACACUGCUAUCGUUUCUUGUUGAUACUGAAGUCACCUUCCUGGAUUACAUCAAAGGCGGGACUCAGAUUAAUUUCACAGUGGCGAUUGAUUUCACAGCUUCUAACGGCAACCCAGCCCAGCCCACUUCCCUCCAUUACAUGAAUCCCUAUCAGCUCAACGCCUACGCCAUGGCACUCAAAGCCGUGGGGGAGAUCAUACAGGACUAUGACAGCGACAAGAUGUUCCCCGCACUGGGCUUCGGAGCCAAACUGCCUCCUGAUGGGAGAAUAUCCCAUGAGUUUGCCUUGAAUGGGAACCCUCAGAAUCCAUAUUGCAAUGGCAUUGAAGGAGUCAUGGAAGCAUAUUACCAGAGUCUUAAGUCCGUCCAGCUCUACGGACCUACCAACUUCUCGCCUGUCAUUAACCAUGUAGCCAGAUACGCUGCCUCAGUAAAGGACGGAUCGCAGUACUUCAUCCUCCUCAUCAUCACGGAUGGAGUGAUAUCAGAUAUGGCCCAGACAAAGGAAUCCAUUGUUAAUGCUGCAUCUCUUCCCAUGUCAAUUAUUAUCGUUGGAGUUGGACCAGCUGAGUUUGAUGCCAUGAUCGAGUUGGAUGGUGAUGAAGUCAGAAUUUCAUCGAGGGGCAGAUACGCUGAGAGAGACAUCGUACAGUUUGUUCCAUUCAGAGACUACAUUGACCGCACUGGGAAUCACAUCCUCAGCAUGGCCCGCCUGGCCAAAGACGUUCUUGCCGAAAUCCCAGACCAGUUCCUAUCCUAUAUGAGGACCAGAGGAAUCAAGCCGUCUCCCGCUCCCCCUCCGUACACACCCCCAGGACACCCGUUGCAAACUCAGAUCUAAAAUGGUCCCAGGAGCAAGCCUUGCAGUAUCUCAGUAUCGCUUUCUCAAUCACUCAGUGAGAUGAAGUUUUCCUCAGCUCUCAGCUCUUUCUGUCCCUUUCUCUUUGCACUAUGGGGGCUGUAGAUGGACAACAUGGUUAGACAGGGUUCUGAGAACAGGUUUACUUCCAUUACAGGCAUUCUCUGUCAGGAUGUCUCUCAGUUUCUCUCUCUGUCUCUCAAUGCCUGGCUAGCUUGAUUCUGAGGGCCACA